AUGCACUACAAGACUGUAGAAGAGGCCAAAUCGAGAUAUCGCUUCGGACCGUUCAGUUGGCAAGCUGGUAUGCUCUUCCUGUCAGCCGGUGUCGGUAUGGCCUUUUACUUCCGCUACGAGAAAGAGCGCAUGGCCCGCAAGCGCAUCGCCGAACACAGCAAAGGAGUCGGUCGUCCUCUGGUCGGCGGUCCCUUUAAGCUGAUCGACCAAGACCGUCGACCCUUCACCGAGCAAAACUUGAAAGGAAAAUACUCCCUGGUCUACUUUGGCUUCACACACUGCCCGGAUAUUUGCCCCGAAGAGUUGGACAAGAUGGCUGGUAUGAUUGACAAUGUCAAGGAGAAGCACGGUGAUGUCAUGAGACCUGUCUUUAUCACUUGUGAUCCUGCAAGAGACACACCAGAAGUCACCAAGGAGUACCUAAAGGAGUUCCACGAGGAUAUGAUCGGCUUGACUGGAGAGUACGAGGAUGUCAAGGCUACUUGCAAGGCUUUCCGUGUCUACUUUUCCACACCACAGAACGUUCUGCCUGGGCAGGAUUACCUCGUAGACCACAGCAUCUACUUCUACCUGAUGGACCCUGAAGGCGACUUUGUCGAAGCCAUUGGCAGAAACUUCACCGUCGAGCAAGCAUCAAGAGUCAUCAAUGACCACGUCGCUGACUGGAAGGGCAAGAUUGACAAGUCCACCUAG